UGUUCAUGAUGAUUGCAUCUAUCGUUGCGUUUGCAUCGGGGUUCAUAAAUCUGGGAAGAGUAAUUGUAGAUCACUGUGCACCUCCCUUCCUGGGUGCAUAUUUUCUCCAGUGUCCACUGUGUUCAGGCCCAAACCCCACUGUCAACUAUGUAACUUGGAUUCCAAUGCUUACGAUGGAUUUUUACUUUGUUUUCACCAUCUUGCACAAGGGCUUCUUUUAUCCAGUUCAUAUUGUAUUCGCCACAACGGGGCGGAUGGUGGAUUAUUUGGAGGUCAUAAAAAAGUCACCGUCUGGUGUGAAGCUCAGCAGAUACAGAAGUGUCCAAAUUCUGGAAGCACAGAUAAAUGACUACUCUCGAAUCCGCGUCAUGCCAGCGUUCAUGUCAGGCGUCCCAUUUGUCGAGGUAUUGAGUUUAUUUGUAAUUAUAAAGUUGCACGACCAAGUCCCACUGCCUGGAUUUCUGCUUUUCCCGGAAGGAUUCAUAACAGCGGCGUCGGCCCUGAUCGUCUAUGAAACCGUGGCCGCCAUCCUAAACACAAAGUCGUUUCAAAUUAUAGGCACAUGGAAGCAACAAUUUUGUCGGGGUAAAGUGAAGCGAAGAGAGGUCAGGUCGUUGAGACCGUUGAUGGUCAAAUUUGGGUCAAAUUACAUCGACAAAGGGACGCCUCUGGUUACGCAAGACUUUUGCAUUAAUCAGACUGUGUCAAUGUUGCUAAUGAAGAGGCAGUCACCAAAUGUGGUGAAAGCACGUAUCACAUCCAGUUAAUUAUGCGAUGAUGCAUAUACGUGUAUGCUUACAUAUCACCCUAAGUUGUACGGGCUAGUGUAAUGUUAAUUCUUAAUCGGAAUUCAAAAUUUAUAUAUCCUUGCUACGUGUCAGAAUAUGUAAGUACAACACCAAAAUGUGAGUUUGAAUGUUGUGUUAGGACUUUAAGAGCUUGUAGUGAAUUGUCACGAAGAAGUUGGCGUAUUUAAAGUAUUUAAAGAUCUGAUAAAACUGUUGCCUAAUUCCAAUGACUUGUGUAGAAGUCACUCACUUGAAUGAACGGCAUGUGUAAAUGAAAAUGACACAUAUUUUAACAAAAUUCAAAACAUCGAAAUUUGCUACUGUGCACAUUAUUAUUGAGCUUAUGUAGAUUUUUAUAAAAAUAGUUGAUACAAAGUUUCAGGUAAUAUGUAAGUCUUGAGCCAUUUUAAUCCACGAUUCGAUUUCAGAAUUUAACAUAAUAGUUAGAGUUAAUAUUAUGUUAAAGAGUUAAUAUUUAGAGCAAAUACCGAUAAAGAAUAAGUAGGUAUGUACAUAAAUCUAACAUUGUUCUAAAUCUUUCAGUUUCGUUUUAUGUAGUAUGUAUGUGCUAUACAUGUCCAUAGGUACCGAAAAUUAAGUAAAUUACAGUGAUUAAAACAAUAAGGUGAGGUGAUGCUACAUAGAUAUUACUUACAUACAGGGAGAAAGAGAUGCAUUAAAUCUUCUUAUGGAGUACUUACUUACUUAUAAAUAUGUGCAUACUUGUAUUGAUUAAAUACAUGUGCGUGUAAUGGUUUACAACAUUGGAAGCUCAAAGAUGCACUCCACGCCUUUCUCUCGUAGUUCGAUCAAACCUGGUAGUUAUCCCAUUUGCAAUUUAAUCAAGCAAAAGUGAAUAAAUGCAGUGAAAUUAAGAGUUUUGAGUACAAUUUUAAAUGCAAUUUAACAAAAUUGAAAGCCACUAAUAAGCUAAAAGAAGAUCAAAUGCAAACUUCUAAAAUUUUCUACUUUUAAAAACUUUCCAAUUCAUUAAUCUUUGAAAUAAUUCAAUCACACUACGCAACAAAUCCAUCCAUUUAUGAAUUUCAGGUGAUGCCCUUGAAAAAUUAUACCUAGUCAAAGAUUCAGUAUUCAGUGAACAGUUGACUAGAAUUGAACCACAAAUUGUGCAUUAAUAAUACAAAAAAACUCAAAAUCCUGAGAAUGGGAGCUUUACUAGCAAUAAUCCUCACAUUAAAUGUAGUUCUGUUUGCCACAAUUCUGCAACCUUAUGUUUUUAAUAAUAAACGAAUCGGGGGUGGUAAACCUUCCUUACUUUUGGGGUCACUGGGUUCCGUGGACGAGGACUCGAAGGAGGAAAAACAUUCGAACCUCCUCCUCCCUCCGGGUAGCAGUAAACCACCAGGAAUAAAUGGUGAAAUCGUGGCUGGAGUUUACGGGAGUGGUGUGUCGCAUAUCGUUGUUGGACAUUUGCUCAUGGCUUGGAUUUACGCAAUCGCUCCAGGAUUAGGAGUUCUCUUGGCACUUUUCACCCUGUUAGUGAACACGGACUUUUCCUAUCUACAAGACCCCGACCCCUACAACUUGCAAAGCCUUCAGCACGAACUGGAUCCAUUAUUGCCACCGUCACUUCUUGACCAGAAAUAUGGACAUGAUUACUUUGAUGGAGUACACGGAGCUUCUACACAUGUCGUUGAACAAUUUGUGAAACCUGGGAACACAAAUGACAGAUCCAAUACGGUGGAGAAUAGCAGUGUCCAGAAAAAGAUAGAUGUACUUAGAAAAGUUGCAGUUUUUAGUAAAGAUAUCAUAAGUUAAAAUAGUAAUAUAAGCCAUUAUCUUAUCUUUGGAUAUGAUAUAAUUGUAAUAGCAUUCUAAAUACUUUUGUAGGCAAAGGCUAUAGAUGACGAAAAAUAUUAAUAAAUAUUUAUUAUGUAAAUACAUACAUAUAUCUAUUUACUAAUGUAUUGGAAAAAUCUAAAAAAUAUAUUUUGAAAACCCAAUGAUGAACGUAGUUUAUUUUUAUUAUG